UAUCUUUGUUCUUCCCCAAUUAUAUAAAUAUUCAAGAAGAAAGCAAAGUGCAAACAAAGGCUAUAUAGGUAGCAACAUUAAGAGGUGCAGAGAUGUGGAUGACACAGCAGGGUGGGGUAGUUAUCGUAAGAUCUUAAUAAAACUGGAGUUGUAUUUAGCAGUUUUUCAGAAGCGAAGGGUUAAAAGGGCGUGUUUGUUUCUCAUGAAGCGACAAAAUAUUUAAAGGAGUUAAAAGCUAAAUCAGAGAAAUAAUGAUGAUCGCAUCUUCUCUUAUGAAACCCCAAUGAGCAAGUGAACAACCCCUUGUCCUUUCAAAUUCAAGGAACUGUGGUAUAUAUAUUUAUGCUUUUUGUUUCAUUUUCAUUGACAGCUUCUAGCUGUCUCUGCUGCUGCUGGGAUGGAGCCACCUCAUGUGAUGUUGGGAAGUAGUGAAGAGGAAUGUCACAGCAAUGAAUCUGGAUGGACCAUGUACAUUGGUUCCCCCAGAGACGAGGAUGAUGCACAUUGUGGUGAUGAGGAGAAUGAUCGUAGCAUGGAUUAUGAUUAUGAAGGUGCACAAGCUGACCCAGAUGCUGAAAGUGACGAUUCUAUGGCUUCUGAUGCUUCUUCUGGCCCAAGUCAUUAUGGAACAAUUAAUCCAUUGGGGAAUGGCUUCACAAAUUUUGAGCCAAAGGAGGAAGUGGAGUCAGAUCACAAAGCAAGUAAAUCAAAGGUGGAGGAGGAAAGGGUAGUGGAAAAGAAUGAAACGCUGUUCAUCAAUAGCCAAGGUAAGGCUCCUCAUCAAGUUCAGAAUGGUAGCAAAGUCAAGGUGAAUAAAAACCAUAGGGUGGGAAACAGGAAAUAAUAUGUAAUAUUUGAAGGAUUUUAUAUGGCAGCAGGUUUAGCUUGUUUUCUUAAUAGGUUUUAGUAUUUGUUGUUACAAAUUAAUUACCAUGUAUUGUGUACUGUGUUUCGUUUCAGAGACAUAUAUAAUGUUAAAAUUUGAAUCAAGAAAAUGUCAAGGCCCCACGUUAAUUAAUUAGCUGCAGCAUGCAUAGAUUAGUGGCAUUUAUGCAAAUCUGGUUAAUUUCUAAAC